AUGUCUUGCGGCAAGCCACAAAACAUGGAUGUGCUUUCUCCUAUCGAAUGGAUGAUGCCUCGAUCCUACAUCACCCAGAUUAUCUGCUUUUCUUCUUCGAGUCCACAAGUCCCACAAAUCCUCAGGAACGGGCUUGGGAACACCUUAACAGAGAUGUCGCAUCUUGCAUGUGAAGUCAUGGACUGGGAUUCACCAAAAGGUUCCGUGGCACUCAGCAAGCCGAAUCAAACUUUGGACGAUUUAUUCUCUUUUUCGGAUUUAUCAGCGACCAUGGACUAUAGUUCCUCGAAGCUAAGAAAUUUCACUCCACCAUCCUUACUGGAGCUGAACGACUUUCCCAUCCAUAACAAAACAGGAAGCACCAAUGUGCGACCAGUUUUUCGAGCGCGCCUAUUUUUGGCGCGAGCGGGCUAUUUUUUACGUGUCAGCGUCCACCACUCGACAACAGAUAUAACCGGCUUAGGGAUUCUUCUCAAAACCUGGGCCUCGCACUGCAGAGCUGGCAGAUCGGGAGCCGUUGAUGUCACGCAAAGCUGGCGAGAUCAUAGCGUAUUUUGGAAGACAUGCACAGAAGCUGUGAUUGAUCUACCUGAUUUGCUUCAUUAUCAGGAAAAGCAUUCUUCCCUUGGCGAACCAGAAGAAGGGAGUGCUGCUGACAUGGUUACUUCAAUCCUCAUUUUACCGAGCCAGCAGUUGCAUAUUUUGAAGACAGAAGUUAUUGAGCUUCUCCCCGUUAACGGGGUCAAAUGGGUGUCAAGGGGUGAUAUUUUGACGGCCAUUCUUUGGAGUUCUCUGGUUUCUACUGAACUUACAUUUCGUGGGAGUUCACACGAAAGCGACAUCCAUGCUAUCCGCAUUCCGGUCAAUUUUCGCCGUUGCUAUGUUCCACCAUUGCCAGCUAAAUUCAUGGGAGCAGCCUUUGGCGUGUCUAUAGCAACCGCCAAAGAAGCCGAUCUCAUCAAUGUCGCGUUGAGUGGUGACACUGAGCAGUUCUUACCAGCACUAGCAAGGGUCUCGGCGGCUAUUCGAGAAGCUGUGUCGCUCGUGAACGCACAAAGCAUGAGGAAUGCUGUUCAGUUUCUGGUGGCGCAAAAGGAUAUCACAAACGUCAAAUACGGUCCUAGAGACGAAAAGGUCUCAAUCGUUUCUUGGGCAGAUGAAGCUGUAUACGGCUUGGAUUGGGGCAAUGAGAUCGGCUCUUGCGAUGCAGUGAGAUUGCCGUACUUGCGAAAACAAAGAUAUCCCAUCGUACUUCCACGGCUUCCAAAUGGCAAUCUGGAAGUUCUCGUGAGCUUCAAGAAACAGUACAUGGAACGCUUUAAAUAUGUGAAGGUUUUGAAGUCACUGGAUGUGAAUUUCAUCUGA